AAUUACGCAACUAUACCUUCAAGAGGUACCGCCACCGCAGCUCUCGCCUGAUAACUCAAUUGAAGGCGUGUGGUAAGCACCAUAUCUUGGUGGGGUCCUCUUUAGACUAUGUACAACCUUCUCUGCGUCGCGGCUGCGGCUCUGGCGUGCUUGUCCACGGCAAACGCAUUCGGGCUUGGGGGCGGAGCGGCGAGAGGAGCAUGCAGAGUCUCACGCGCAUCAAAGGCGGCUUCUUCCGUCACUAGCGUGGCUCGCCGAUCCCUCGUGCCGCCGUCCAUGUCGACGAUGGAGGCGUCCGGGGCGGCGGAUGUCUUGGCAGACCUUGACGAGUUGGACUCGGUCAUGGGCGUGGAAACGCAGGACCAGCAGGACCUCAAGCCAAAGCAGGCUUACCUUAACAAGCUGGCGGGGCAGGCCGCGCAGCUCAAGUGGCGCAAGAACGACCAGGACACGGGCUCGCCUCGCAUCGUGGUGGCCAUCCUGACGGAGAAGAUUGUGUACCUCACCAAGCACAUGCAGCAGCACCCGCACGACUACCACUCUCGGCGCGGACUCAUCACCAUGGUUAACAAGAGGCGUAGGCAACUGAACUACUACUUCAAGAAGGAGCCCAAGGAGUGCCUAGAGAUGUGCGCGACGCUGGGGAUCCGAUUUCGCCCCAAGACGAAAGUCAGGGGCCGAGAACAGCGUUACGCGGCGUACACCAACACGAAGUCCAAGAUCGGUAACGCCCGCCGCACGGCGAUGCUCAACAAGGAGCGAGUGGACCACAAGCAGGUCCUCAAGGAGCAGAAGCUGGCCGCCAGGCGGGCCAGGGGCUACGACAAAUAAAUUGCCGCAUCCGUCUUUCGCCGUUCGAAUGACGUGUUUGUUGUCAGGGUUGUUGAUGAUCCGAUACUGCCGCAAGAGGGAGGUAUGAUUCUUUUAAAACGGUGUGCAGGUUUAUUAUUUCCAUGCUGGUUUGUUUGUCUGCACGGUUGUUGGGAGUAUUGGGGAACGACUCAGUGGGUUCAGUGGGCGGCGGGAGGGUAGGAAAAGGUGACGGCGUUCGUUUGGUUGUGUCGGCAUCUUUCUGACCACGCUGUUUCGCGACGGGGAAAACCUUUUCGUUGUCAUGUGGGUCCGUGAGGUUUUGGUCGCCAGUUUGAUGUAUAAGGGUCUGGCCGUUGCUUGUGCUGCUGGCCCCCCCGUAGUCGUGAGCUUUUGAUGAUUCGUGAUGCGCGAUGGCGCUUCAGUCGUAUCUUCAUGCCCCUACGACUUAGUCUUCCUCCCCGCUAUUCUGUGAGUGACCGGACCUAAGGCUAGCGGUGCGUUUGUAGAGAACAGCAAGCUACGCGUCUGAAAGAACGUGCAUCUCGAGAUCUAGGAGGCACGCUCUUCUUCGGCACGCCGAAGGCAUGGCAUAGCACCAUUUUCUUUCCGGGAGGGGAAACGGAGAGGGAAGAUUCGAGAAGCUACGGCGCUGUAGCCUUGUUGUGUGUUGCCGCUCUUGGAAGGGAUAUUGACCAGUGUGCGGUCUCCCCUCUUGUGGUCCGCUUCCACAGCCGAGGGAGUGUGGGGCCGACGGGUCAUGGUGUGCCGUGUUAGAGUUUUAGAGGCGGGCUGACCGGCGACUUUCGAAUCGGCUUCCUUGACUAAGUGGCGCUUUCGGUGUCGUCGCGAAGUUGGGAAGAGGCUUGCACGCAUGGUGUGUGGCAGUAAGAGCAGCUGCAGUGCGCGAGCGGGCGUGUAGCCCUACGUUUUGAAUUUUGCGGCUUGACUGGUGAUGAACAAAUCGCGAACCCGGUUUUCUCGGCCGUGUGAGGAUGCUAUCCGUGGUAAAUACUACCCGUCCCAGGACGACGGAGUCGGAGCAUGAGACAUAUGCUCGAGAGAGUGUUGAGAAAAGACUCGUCAUCUAUCUGGAUAGUAGAUGUUUGUCUUGAGAAGGAAUUAUGUUACCUCCC